CGCCUCCAAACCAUCACCUCCAAGGCGCAAAUCUCCAAACCUCAUCGCAGCCUCCAAAGCGAACAGCGAGUUCAUUCAACCGAGCCACGACACACAAGUGUGAUACAGGCGCCAACUACCACAAUGGCUGACGGAGUCGGUAUUGACCGCAAGGCCGAUGAGAAGAUCCAGUUCUCGACCUCGAAAGAGGUCACGGUACAUCCGACCUUCGAGUCGAUGUCCCUAAAGGAGAGCCUUCUUCGCGGUAUCUACGCUUAUGGAUACGAAUCGCCGUCGGCCGUCCAGUCGCGGGCGAUUGUCCAGAUCUGCAAGGGCCGCGACACCAUCGCGCAGGCGCAAUCCGGCACGGGUAAAACCGCGACGUUCGCCAUUAGCAUGCUUCAGGUCAUCGAUACCGCCGUGCGCGAGACCCAGGCUCUGGUCCUCUCGCCGACUCGCGAACUCGCGACGCAGAUCCAGAGCGUGGUGAUGGCCUUGGGCGACUACAUGAACGUGCAGUGCCAUGCCUGCAUCGGCGGCACGAACGUGGGCGAAGAUAUUCGCAAGCUCGACUACGGCCAGCACAUUGUCUCUGGUACUCCCGGCCGUGUAGCCGACAUGAUCCGCCGCCGCCACUUGCGGACACGCCACAUCAAGAUGCUCGUGCUCGACGAAGCCGACGAGCUGCUGAACCAAGGCUUCCGGGAACAGAUCUACGACGUGUACCGCUAUCUGCCGCCUGCCACCCAGGUCGUUGUGGUCUCAGCCACGCUUCCCUACGACGUUCUCGACAUGACCACAAAAUUCAUGACCGACCCCGUCCGCAUCCUCGUCAAGCGUGACGAGCUGACGCUCGAGGGCAUCAAGCAGUACUUCAUCGCGGUGGAGAAGGAGGACUGGAAGUUCGAUACGCUGUGCGACCUCUACGACACUCUGACCAUCACCCAGGCGGUCAUCUUCUGCAACACGCGACGCAAGGUCGACUGGCUCACCGACAAAAUGAGAGAAGCGAACUUCACGGUCAGCAGCAUGCACGGCGACAUGCCUCAGAAGGAGCGCGACAGCAUCAUGCAGGAUUUCAGGCAGGGCAACAGCAGGGUGCUGAUAUCUACCGAUGUCUGGGCCCGUGGCAUCGAUGUCCAACAAGUCAGCUUGGUCAUCAACUACGACCUGCCGAGUAACCGUGAGAACUACAUCCACCGCAUCGGCCGCUCGGGCAGAUUCGGCCGCAAGGGUGUCGCUAUCAACUUCGUUACAAGCGAGGAUGUCCGCAUUCUCCGCGAUAUUGAGCUGUACUACUCGACGCAGAUCGACGAGAUGCCCAUGAACGUUGCCGACCUUAUCUCAUAAGGGACUGCAUGACGUUGCUCAAUUGAGGAACUUCCUUAGAGUAGAGGGGACUUGAUGCCCUUUGGGGCUCGCGGCACUGCUUGGUUCCGCCGAGGUCGAUGUGGGAGGAAAGGGGCCUCAUUUUCAGAGGUAGUGUGGUCAUGCCAAGAUUGUCACACAAAACGACACGAAUUAUUUCCAUGUACGGCUCCAGAGGAGCAAUCUAUCUAUAUACUGGGACGCCAAACAGAAUCUGCUUGCUUGUGGUGGCUGUUCCGCGAGAUUUCAGCGCAAGCGUAUACUUUUGUGACUGGGCUACCGAAAUGCGAACACCUGGCGCGCUAUAUAUUGAUUUUGGUCGCAUGCUGAAUGCAGGUGCGGGUGGUAUUCAUCGUCGAGGUGUCACAUUACGAACGGACCGUCGACCAUCUAGGCCGCUUUCGCGUUGGACGACUUAGACCCAAAAUGAUUUGCGGUUGAGUGAUACUCGGAUCAAGGCUGGGAUGCUGGCAACGCGUUGCAUGAGCUGCUGAAGUCUAUAACACUCAACCCUCCAGCGGUAUGAUAGUGUGGAAGUGGAAGCCUUAGUCUGGGCAAGUCGGCAUCCUUCUACUCUCCUCUUAUCCCAUUACUAAGGCUGAGCAUUAUCACCAUCAUCUAUCCAUAUCGCCGGGUUCGGCUUUGGGCUCUGCGCACAGUCGAGUCACUCUUUCUCUUCUCCUGUUUGGUACAUCGCUAAAGCUCUCCCUCUGAGCGCCUCACUGCCGCCGUGGAUAUCUUAGACUUUGGGGACGAAGCGAAGCUGGCGCCAGGCUCCUAUCCGCGCAGGACGACGCCAAUCCGAGGCUGGCCGCGCCUCCGGCAUUCAGAAACGCGUCGAUCCGUCUCGAUCAUGACGAAGGCCAAGCGCCUGUACGGACUCCUUGGGCUCUCAACGGAGCACGUCGCUUUGGGCCAGAAGUGAGCCCUGUGUUCCUGAGUAUCCCUGGCUGCUAAGCUUGCGCGAGGAUAUUUCGG